CGUUUAGCCCACCGUUGUCGUGUCAGUGUUUUCUGUGAGUACGGUUCACUUUACCCGUUCGUCUUGUUCAUGGAGCCGAAACCGUGAAUAUACAUUCUGUACUUCUUGUCAACACAAAAAAGUCAAGCAAAAGACAACAAUAUUGACUAGCCCUAGUGAUUUAUAGAGAAGCCAGUUAGUUCAUAAGCGAUAAACCAUGGGAAUAAAAUUCUUGGAAAUUAUCAAACCUUUCUGCAGUAUUCUGCCCGAAAUCGCGAAACCGGAGCGGAAGAUCCAGUUCCGGGAGAAGGUACUAUGGACCGCAAUUACGCUCUUUAUUUUCCUCGUCUGCUGCCAGAUCCCACUGUUCGGUAUCAUGAGCUCGGACUCUGCUGACCCUUUCUACUGGAUCCGUGUCAUUCUUGCGUCCAAUCGAGGCACCUUGAUGGAGCUGGGCAUCUCACCGAUUGUCACCUCCGGAUUAAUUAUGCAACUGCUGGCAGGUGCAAAGAUCAUCGAGGUCGGUGACACUCCUAAGGAUCGCGCUUUGUUCAACGGAGCGCAGAAACUGUUCGGUAUGGUGAUAACCAUCGGGCAAGCGAUUGUUUACGUCAUGACUGGAAUGUACGGAGACCCAGCGGAGAUCGGAGCCGGAGUGUGUAUGUUGAUCAUCAUUCAACUCUUCGUGGCCGGAUUGAUUGUGCUACUGUUGGAUGAGCUGCUCCAGAAGGGGUACGGAUUGGGCUCUGGAAUCUCGCUCUUCAUUGCGACGAAUAUUUGCGAAACCAUUGUUUGGAAAGCUUUCUCUCCUGCCACCGUCAACACUGGACGAGGAACUGAAUUUGAGGGUGCCGUCAUCGCUCUAUUCCAUCUGCUUGCUACCCGUCAGGAUAAAGUGCGAGGUCUUCGGGAAGCUUUCUACCGCCAGAAUCUGCCGAAUUUGAUGAAUCUCCUGGCAACCGUGCUGGUAUUUGCAGUGGUGAUAUACUUCCAAGGCUUCCGUGUCGAUUUACCGAUCAAAUCUGCCCGCUAUCGCGGCCAAUACAGUAGCUACCCAAUUAAACUGUUCUACACGUCCAACAUCCCGAUCAUCCUGCAGUCCGCGCUGGUCUCCAACUUGUAUGUCAUCUCGCAAAUGCUCGCCGUCAAGUUCCACGGUAAUUUCCUGAUCAACAUGCUCGGCGUUUGGGCCGAUGUUGGAGGUGGUGGCCCCGCUCGCUCCUACCCCAUCGGAGGACUCUGCUACUAUCUUUCCCCACCGGAAUCGCUCGGACAUAUUGUUUCCGACCCUGUCCACGCCGUUCUGUACAUUGUGUUCAUGUUGGGCUCGUGCGCCUUUUUCUCGAAAACCUGGAUCGACGUUUCCGGCAGCUCGGCAAAGGAUGUCGCCAAGCAGCUUAAGGAGCAGCAGAUGGUGAUGCGAGGUCACCGCGAGAAUUCCAUGAUCCACGAGCUGAACCGAUACAUCCCGACGGCCGCUGCCUUCGGAGGGCUCUGCAUUGGAGCGCUGUCCGUGAUAGCCGAUUUCAUGGGCGCCAUUGGCUCCGGAACUGGUAUCCUGCUGGCGGUCACCAUCAUCUAUCAGUACUUUGAGAUUUUCGUUAAGGAGCAGAGCGAAAUGGGCGGAAUGGGAACGUUACUGUUUUAAUUUAUUAGCUUUCUGUUUUGGAGUUUAGUUUACUGCUUAAGUUGAGCGCAUUUCGUGAAGUGAGUGAGAGCAACGGUGCGGUAGCUAGAAUCACUACAAUUUACGGUAAACGGGGAGGUCAUCAUUUCAAGACGUCUACGGAGGUAAAUUGUAACUGAUUUGAAGGAAGUUCAAAAAAGAUCUUUCGUCAGAAUGAAAUCGGGCGAAAAAUGGCAGUUAAAUAAGUAAUGAAUGUGAGAAGACUUUUCAAUAUGGAAUUUGGAAUAAACAAUCAGUUUUAGAUUUAUUUCAUUCUCUAUAAAAUGUAUACAAGAAAUACAACACGCUAUAGUAGCGCGAGUGAUGUCAAUAAAGAUGUAUAAAAUAAAAGAA